AACGGAAUACUACUCAGACAUAAAAAGAACAAAAUAAUGCCAUUUGCAGCAGUAUGGAUGGAACUAGGACUCUCAUAUUAGUCUUAGUAGUUUCGAUUUGCAUUUCUCUAAUAAUUAGUGAUGUUGAACAUUUUUUCAUGCGUUCUAGCUUCUUUCAACAUGACUCCAUGUUCUUUAACAUGGCUCAGAGGCCAGUUCUAGAGCAUCCCUCCAUGUGUCUGUCCUUAUCCUUAGCCUUGACUCUUCAAGAAGCAUCAUUAAACCUCUGUCUGAUUCCAAGCACAUUCCUUCUCUCCCAUUUGCACUCACCUGGUAUCUGGAGUGAGGGUGAGGGGGGAAGGAGGGAAAUGCCAUGAUCACUUGUCUACCUUGCACUGGGUGCUUUACCUUCCUGGUGGCCCUCACUUAACCCUGUCAAGUGGGAUCAUCCCAGUGUGAAAGAUGAGGAAAUUGAGGUUUGGAAAAGUUAGGGAACUGGCCAGUGGUCCCACAGUUAACUGCAAGGGGGAGAGGUGAAGUCUGAACCCAGCAUGUCUGGUCUCAUAACCUGGGGAAUUUUGUGUGGCUUGGUAAGAACAGCAAUACAGUGUGGGUAAGGACCGCUGCUAAUGCAGCUGCCACUCUGAGCAUCAGUUUCCCUCCUCAUCAAUGAGAAGUGGGAUCAGAAUUUCCAAAACCAUGUUCCCUGGAGCACUUUCUCUCAAGAUAUUUCUUAAGAUAAAUGGUUUAAGUCCUUAAAUAACUUCAGGAAACAGACCUGUGUACUAGGCCUGACUGUGGUGCAGGGAGUUAAUGGACUGUCUCACUCAAUGUCUGCCCCAAGAGCUUUCUAGUUUACUGCUUGAACACUUACACUUUCCCAAACUAUUUUGUACUAGAGUCACAUAUGAUUUAGGCUCCUAGUAAGAUGCAUUUGUACAUUGGGAACUGAGAAAAGUGCCUAGGGAGGCAUCCAUUUAACUGGCAGGAUAUAUGGUCUGGUGGCCACUUCCUCAAUGCCCAGCUUCCUGAUUGUGGCUGAGUUCCCUUAGCAAGCCAGUUCUCUGCUAUGGUUCUAAAAGUUGAAAGAAAAGGACAGAAAAUAUUGCUACCUGAACCUAAAUCCAUCAGUUGUUUAUAUUUUGUCACUUUCAAUUGUCUAUAAUUUACAAUUCUUUUACUGAAUAACUUGAGUGUAAAUUGCACAUAGCAUGCUACUUCACUCCUAAAUUGAAUGACUUAUGCUUUAUUGCAUGCAUCACUUUAAUCCUUAGAAGUUUAUUGUGGACUAGUAAUUCAUUGACGGAUGUAUCACAGUUUGUUUUAUCUAUUCACUUAUUAAAGGGCAUUAAGUUGCUUCCAGUUUUUGGCUAUUACAAAUUGUGAUGUUAUGAACAUUUGUAAAUAUGAACAAUGCUACAUUUUUCCUCUUAGGUACUCAGGAAUGGAAUGGCUAGAUUGUAUGGUGGGUGUAUGUUUAACUAGAUAGGAAACUGUCAAACAUUUUCCCAAAGUGUUUGUACACUUUCCACUCCCACAGCAGUGUCUGAGAGUUGUUUUUUGCUUUUACAUCCUUUCAAACACUUGCUUUGGUCAAGAAAUUUAAUUUUUACCAAUUUUAGUGCAUAUUUGUACCUCAUUGUGAUUGUAAUUUAUAUUACCCCAAGGACUAAAGAGUUUCAGUAUCUUUUCAUGUUCUUAUUUGCCAUCCAUGUAUAUUCUUUGAAUAAAUGUCUGUUUAAAUCUUUUGCCCAUUAUUAUUGGAUUUUUUGUUUUCUUAGUAUUGAGUUUUGCGAUUUCAUUCCACUAAAUUUUUAACAUGCACGAGAGACUAAAUUAAUCAACAUUUCUUAAUUAUCUUCUACAAAACUCUGACCUUGGAUGUCCCUGUUUUGUUCUUUGCUAUUUAGAAUUUUAGUUCCACUUUGUUUUCAUAUGUCCAUUUAUCUAUUUCCUCCCCAUCCAUCCACCUCAUCUCCUAACCUCUCUGUUCUGUUCUUGUGGAACUCCAGUCAGAAAUGUUUUAUCGCUUCAAUGUAUCCUUCAUGUCUCAAUUUAUCUUUCAUAGUUUUCAUUUCUUUAUAUUUCUGCAUUGCUUUCUGAGGACUUUCCUCAAAGCCACCUUCUUAUUCCCUCCUGAACUGUGGCAGGACAGCCGUUUUACUCCUCUUUUGUGUGUCUAAGUGUACUGAUUAUUACAGUUUCCAUUUGUAGAAGGUGGUUUGGUUAUUUUCCAAAUUUGUUUGUCUUUUGCUUAGUGUUCCAUUUCUAGACUUUCUUUUACCUCUUAAAUGGUCACAAACAGAUGUUGAAUAUCUACUCUCAUUUUGGUCUGUUAUCAUGUUCUUUGGUUUUGGUAAUUCUGUUAGUACAUCUACUAACUCUUUCAAGUGGUGAGUUGUCUUUUUUCAGGUCUUGGUAACUCCCUUUGUGUACAUGCACAUUCUGAGGGUAUUGUUUUCUCUUGGAUAAUUCCAAGUGUCCUAGUUGUGAAAGCGUCCCUGGUUUCAAGUUUUAGCAGGUCCCAGAUGUUUCAGUGGUUCUGCAUCAGAUUUUAUGUUCAUUUACCUCCUUGUGGGUUCCAUAUAGUGCAGGUAUCAAUUUAAAUUCCAUCUCUGGCACAGGCUCAGGAUUGUUUUCUUCUGGUUGCCUUUUUUUCUUUUUUACCUAACUCUUUAGGAAAAACAUGAAUUUCCUUGAGGGCUCCAUGGUCUCCAGGCUGGGGAUAUUUUGGCUUCCUUGGAAUGGAAGGGGCAGCUCUUAGAGGAUCCAGGAGAGAGUCCCUGGUCCAGCUUCCUACUAGCUACGGCCCAGCACCAUGUCUUUAAUCCAUGAGAAAUUAUUAGAACCCCAGUUCCAGCCCUUAGAGCCUUUGCCUAUUGGAUUUUAGGAAACUUAAAUAAUAUUAUUCCUUUCUUCACCACCUGCCAUGUUGCUAGAAGUUCCUCUAGAGCGUGUUUUUCACAAAACAGGCUGGCCUGUUAAAAUAGACAAGUCCUGAAGGAGAACAGGUCUUUUUAGAUGCCUUUCCAAACAUUUUCCAGGCUUCUGCCACAAAAUAUGAAAAUGAUUUCAUAAUACGAUUCUUUCCUUCACUAGCUUUAAUAAGAUAGACAAGGUUGUAAAUCUCAAUGUACCAAAUACAUACACAUUUACCUUCCGAGUUCACUGCACUUUUAAAUAAUUGUUCUAGCAUCUGAUCCCUGAGAUUUUCAAGCAUUUCUGCUUUGCCCAUUCCAUAUCCCACUUCUACCAAACCCCAAACUGCUCUGACAAUCUGCAUAGCCUUCUUCAUAAAAAGUAAAGGAGAGACACCGAAGCAGUUUUGAGGGUAUGAGGUUGGGGAGAUGUUUCUGAGAUGACAUCACUGUCUUCCUUUUCCCUUCUGUCCAGGAGCCUCCCCAUUUUCUAGCCCCUCCAUUUUUGCCCAGAUCAAGUCCAAAUUUUCUACAGUUUUACUUCUUUUCCAUCCUCCUCAGGUUUUGCUUAGCCCAGACAGCCCUCUAGUCCCACACCCUCGCACUGCCUCUGCCACCCUUUAGGCCCCUUCUCAGCAUUGAGUCCCGCCUUCUAUCCUAUCUCUCUUUGGGCUUUUGCCAAUCACGCUGGGCCACUCUCACACCCACACCCACCACACCUCAAGCCUGUCCCUGGCCUCCCCUGUAGGCGAAGAGCUGGGGCAAGGAAGGAUGGCUUCUGCAGCGGGAGCUAGCCGCUUCUCCGAGAAGCAGUUCAGGAGUGUCUGCUCUGAGCUCCAGCAGCCCGCGGUAGGCGGGGCUGACUGGGAACUGCUGGUGGAGAGCAUGGGAAUCAGCAUCUAUCGGCACAUACAGUCAACUGGACAUUAUGAAUAUAAGGUCUUUGGCGUUCUGGAGACUUGCUCACCGGAUAUAGUUAUAAAUGUCUAUUUGGACCUCAACUAUAGAAAAAACUGGGAUGAAUUUGUUAAAGAACUGUAUGCAAGAGAUUGCAAUGGAGAGACCGUGAUCUACUGGGAAGUACAGUGCCCUUCUCCCAGGUUCAACAGAGAUUACGUCUUUGUUCAGCAGCACCGAGAGCUGGAGUUUAAAGGGCAGAAGGUCCAUGUGAUACUGGCAGAGAGUACCUCCGCGCCACAGUUUCCUGAGAAGUCGAGCGCCAUCCGCGUGAAGAAAUUCACACAGAAGCUGGCUGUGCAGAGCGAUGGUGGCCGUGGGAGCAAAGUUUUCAUGUAUUACUCAGAUAAUCUGGAUUGCCCAGUUCCUGACUGGAUCUGUAAAUGGGCUGCCAAGAGUGGAUUUCCUACCUACUUGAAAAACAUGGUGAAUGCCUGCCAUAACUAUCCCAGAAGAUCCUAGUGGAGGGAACUGGGAGCCAUGUGUCCAUGGAAUGAUGUCUCCAGAAGUGCCACGACCACCAAAACUCAGCCUGCCUAUUGCUUUCCCAUCCUCAGAGACUAGUACAUUGUCCCCGAGUGUGUUUGCCUGAUGCCUGGCUUCUUCUCCCACUCUCCCCACACUGGGACCAGCUGUUGAACAUAGGUCAGAUUAGAGGAACACUUGCUUGUUUGUUUUUAAGAAGCGAGGUCCUCCAUAGGGUGCAUGCUCAUUCCUUCUGCCAUUCUGGGGAGGGGAGAGGGUGGAGGCUGGAUGACUGACCACAUCCCCUGGAAGUGACUGAUCCCUGCAAGCUGGCUCCCUCCCACAUGUGAUUUCUUGCAACCCAGGAGGGUGAUUUCCUGCUGAAGUUGCAUUUACUUCAGUGCUGACUCUCAGUGCACUUAGACUAGGAGACACAUACUGAUGUUCAAUUGCUUUCUGCUUUGCUGACUUUAUUUGGCUGGAAUUUGAAAUAAUAAAUCUAUCCCCAUUCUUGCUCUGGAG